GAUCAAUGAUAAAUAAUGCCAAACAUUAAAUAUUAAAAUUAGCAUUAGUCUGUAAUGUUAGUUUAUUUUUAAUGUUAAAAUUUUUAAGAUUUUAAACACCUCGAUAUAUAAUAUAAAUUUAAUUAGACAAUCCGAGAAAAGGGUUGCUAAAGGGAAUAAACAUUCAUAGAAUUUCGUUUAUAAUUUCUCACUGAGUAUAAAGUGUAAACGUUAGAUUUAUCAAGAAGCAGAAAGUGUUCAUAGAAUUUUUCUAAAAUCAUAAGAUCCAUCGGAUAAGCUAUUAACUUUAAAGGAGCUGAGGAAAUGAAUGUACAAAGUAUAAGAGGAUAGUAUCUUUGUGAGUAACAAAACCGAAUCGAAUAAAAUUCUGAAGCGAACGACCGUGAAAUUAUAGUUUUAAAUUACCUUGACGACAAAAGACUAUCGACUAUCCGUAUAUUUCCAACGAGAAAGAAAUAAAGAAAGAGAUAGAGGUAAAGAGAGAUUUACUCAGCAGGUAUAAUCUCAUUUGAAACAAAUCUCUUUUUCGUUUAAUAUCUCUCCCCGCGAUUUUUUCUUUUUUUUUUUUCUUUCCUUUUAUCUUUCUUUUAUUUUCGUUUAAAGAACGCUCGUACUGUCAGCGUUCAUAUUGUCAGCGUCCAUGAUGCCUCGUUGGUGUCACGUGACUUCAUAUAAGAGUCACGUGGUUCAUUAACGAAUCAUAUUGCGGAAUUAAAACAUUCGCAAAUAUAAUAAUAAUAAUAAUAAUAAUAAUAAUAAUAAUAUAUAUAUGUUAUAUGAUAUCAAAAAUUCAUACAUCAUUAAUAUUGAAAAGAACCGAGGGAAUAUUUGAGAUGUACUAUAAAGUAAGAGAUAAAUUUACUUGCAUAAUUAAAACGGUCUGAACGAAAAUUCUUUACCAGACAUCUACAUGCACUGUACCAAUUCUUUAUUCAACACGUUCGUUCUUCGCGCAUUGUUUUAACUCGCGUGUCAGUAUUACAUGUCGCACACAUAUAUACGUACAUACGUAUGUAUAUAUUCAUGUUAUGUGAACAUUUCUAGUUCUACGUUUUGGAUAAUUAUUCGAGAAUUUCACUGUCAGUAGAUAAAUUGUUAUAUGUCUAUAUAGGAAACUCGUGGGACUUUAUAAUAUCGUUGUUAAUCGGUAAUUAUGAAUUACAAUUCAAAUUUGAUGAAUAUCGUAUUAUUAUUUUAUUCUUUAACUCAAAUGAAUUAAAAAGUUUUCAUAAUAUUAUCGUAUAAUAAAUAAACUGAAUGUAUAAAAUGAAUUAGUCCUUAAACAUAUACGCAAUAUCUAAAGCUUAAUUUAACUUUUCAGAAUAUAUGCGCUCGUACUUCAAUUGGCGCGUAUAUUAUUUAGUUCGAUAUCGGGUCGACAGAUGGCUCGAAAUGUUAAUACCCUUUCUCGCUUGCGAUUCUAUGAUUAAAAUCAUAUAUAAAGUUUUGCGUUGAAUGUGUCUGAUUAAAAAGGGUGCUCGCUACUUCGAUAGCGCGUCGCUUUGUUUUUCGGAUCGGCGGGGUAUGGCUAUCAAGACAUACCCAGCACGUAAUUUUUGUAACUGUGGGGUUGUUGGCUGCCAUUUAUAAGCACCGACACCUCCGAAUAAAUUAUAUUCAAUGAGAAAUCAUAUUCAAAAAAAGAGAAGAAAGUGACCGAGUAAGAACGUUUUUCAAAGACAAUGUGUAAUAUUUUCAUUUAUUGUAGACAGUCUCCGUUUAUCGUAUUUACAAUAGGGUAAUUGAAUUUGGGCAUAGUAUUUUUUUAUUUUGACCAAUCCCCCUUCUUUUCUAUCAUGAGUAAAUUCAGGAGAUAUAAUAAAAUAUUGAACAAAAUUGUCAACAUCAAUGAAGAUUAUUCUGAGGAUAUCUUCAAAGAAGAUCAGUAUGAAUUAGAUCAAAGCGAAGAUGAGAGUAAAAGUUCUAAAUAUAUUGAAAGGGAAGAGAUAGAAGGAUGAUCUUCGGAUAGUGAAGAGGAAAACUUCUUGAAAGUGUGUCGUAACAAGAAAAGGAUGCGUAUUCUUUUUAGUUCUGAUUCCGAGGAUGAGAGGACGAGCAUUCCAAGCAUAUCCAAAAAUGUAAUGAGUGAAAUUGAAAUUGAAGUUGACGGAACACAGUGGAUAAAACUGAGAGCAGACGAAUCUGGGGAUAGGACGCCCGUUCGUAUGAUAUUCAAAGAUAUCGCAGGGCCUAAUGGCUACGCCAAGAAAAAUAUUAUGUUGGGUUGUGUAACUAGUGGUUUCGAAUUAAUAAUUGACAGAUACAUAAUGGAACGCAUAAAAGAUUGGACUGAAACGGAGACAUAUCGAGUUUUGAAAAAAGACUGGACAAUCAUAGUUGCUGAGUUACGUAGUUUUCAAGGACUUUUAUAUGCCCUGGGGGCAUAUGAAGCGAGAUCAUUGAAAGUUUCUUAUUUAUGGUCAAAAAAAUGAGGGCCCACUUUCUUCGCAAAUACAAUGAGCAGAGAUAAAUUUACAGAAAUUCUGAAAUUCAUAUGCUUUGACAAAAACAAGCCAACAAUCCGGAAGAUUAUAAACAGAUAAAUUUGCGCUGAUAUCUUAAAUAUGGAACAGAUAUAUAAGUAAUAGCCAGACUUGUUAUAAGUCAUAUAAAAACAUAUCGAUAGAUGAACAAUUAUUUCCAACGAAAGACCCGAUGCAGGUUUACGCAAUAUAUGCUAUAUAUGUUAUCAUUUCCGUGAUAAUUAAAAAAAAAAAAAGUCUUUUUACUUAUUAAUAAUUUAUUUAAACGUAAAGCCUAAAAUUGUUCAAUUCAGACUUAACUUGAAUACAUCAAUUUUUUAAAGAAAAUGAGUAUUUUCGUUUACCCGUCAAAUUGACGGGUGCUCGUAGAGAUAGGCAUAUAAGAAAUGUCCGUAAACCUAGUGUUAAUUAUUCAUAGGCCACAUAAAAAAUUUUAUUUUCAUUUUUAAUAGUAAUUUUCCUCAAGAAUACAUAGAUUUGACUAAUAAAAAUUAAUUAAACGACAACAUUUUUUCUAUAAUCAUUAAAAAUUAUUUUGAAAGAGAGAGAGGUAAAGAAGGAGGCUAAAACUCUUCAUAUGUUCAUAAUAUCUUAUACAAAUUCUUACAAAAAAAAAAAAAAAAAAAAAAAAAAGAAAUAGGAAAUAUCGAGAAAUAAGAGAUAAAAGUAAUCUCGGUCCUUUCGAUUAACUUAAAGAUAAUAUGUCUAUAUCAUUCAUUGUUACAAAGUAAAAUGGCAAAGUAAAACUCGAUUAAACUAUCACGUUCAUGUUUGAAAUUUCGAUAUAUAUAUAUAUAUAUAUAUAUAUAUAUAUAUAUAUUUAUAUACAUA